GCCUUGUCGCAAGACUACUUUGCUGUUUCUGGGAGAAAGCCAUCUGCCGUGUUUAUCUGGAAUUGGCGGAAAGGGGUUCGCUUAUCUAACAGGCGUCUAUAUUGUUAAGGACAACAUUAUGAUGAUCAGCGUGGAUGGACUUGUGCACGUGUUUGAUAUAUUCGAUCCAUCCAAACAGACAGCCACGUUCACCUUACCCGCAUGCAACAUGCCAUGUCUGGAAUACGAUGGCUCGUUAAGCAUUGUACUAGCUCCGUUCGCUGCUCGACGAAUCCAUCAUUUCAAAUGGGAUCCCGUGCCAUCGUCCACGGCUGUGGAUCCCAACAGUAAUGGUAGCAGCGACAGCGGCGAUUCACCUUCAAGCUCUCCCACCAACGAGCAGCAUCCACAUCAGCAGUUACCGCCACAGCCACCAAAAACAUUGACCAGUUCCAUUUCCUCCCUACUUAGCCGACCAAAACGCCAGCGCACAUAUAUCGAUACAGCUGGACGCAAAGCAGCACGGUCAUUACGGCGAUACUCUUCUUACAACGAAUAUGGAUACGCAUGCCAAGCCCGAACGGCCCAUUACAUUAAACAAGUCCAAGAAAAGGAAAGACACAACAACAGCAACAAUGGGGAUAAUGAUACCAACAACACACUGGGCGAGCCCAAUUUCCGUAGCAGGCUACGACUGAUCAGCUCCAUCAGGACAUCUCCUCUGGGCUGGACAACUCGGCAAGUCGUCAACAUAGCUGUGCAUAACGACCGCGUUGCUAUCGCCAAUCGGCAUGGAGAUAUUGCUUUAUUUGCAUUGAACGGCACAACAGCGGCUCAUGUGACGUUCAAAAACGGGAAACGACAAUGGAUCGAAGAGGACGCAGCCCAGUUCCGAGACGAGGACGACCUUUCGGACGGUUAUGAUUUUAUAAGAGGCCGACUAGCCAUGGGCAGCAUGGGUAUCAUUUACGGUGGACGCGAUGGUAGCUUGUGGUGGCUCGAUUUCAGCUGUAGGCCAGAAGAUCCUUCUUCUUCCCGUUAGUUUCAAAACCAAAAGCUAACACUGAAGCUUGUUUCAAGGGAUCGGACGUAGUGCCACCAUUUUGGCUAUGCACAUUUUUUUGUAUUUAAUAAACGACCUUCUUUCUCGUAGCACUGUUUUCUAAGGAAACUUACAGGCAUGUAU